CUAAAGGUGCACAGAAGCAAGUGGAGCACCGGAAGUAGUAUCUAUGAUUGCACAUAACGCGAGAACACCGUGGCCUCGCGGGAUUUGUGAAGGACUGCGUUUUCGUCUUUUCAUUCAUCAUUCCAUGGUUAAAAGAUGGCCACGGCGGACGUACGGCUUAACCAUACAAUUUACAUCAACAACUUGAAUGAGAAAAUAAAAAAAGAUGAGUUGAAGAAGUCCCUCUACGCUAUCUUCUCACAGUUUGGACAAAUUCUGGACAUUUUGGUUGCACGAAACAUAAAAAUGAAGGGUCAAGCCUUUGUUAUUUUCAAAGAGGUUAACAGCGCCUCAAAUGCUCUGAGAUCCAUGCAAGGCUUUCCUUUCUAUGACAAACCCAUGCGUAUCCAAUAUGCCAAGAUAGACUCAGACAUCAUAGCUAAAAUGAAAGGAACUUAUGUGGAGCGGGACCGCAAAAAAGAGAAAAAGAAGCUUAAGCCUGAGUCAACUGGAGCCAAGAAGGGUGUACCGGGAGCUGCUGCAGCCAUGGUUGCUGGGGUUCCUGCUGCCAUGCCUGGAAUGCCACCCAUGAGCCAGGCACCUCGUAUGAUGCACAUGCCAGGACAACCGCCCUACAUGCCCCCUCCUGGCAUGAUGCCACCUCCAGGCAUGGCCCCCGGUCAAAUGCCCCCUGGUGCCAUGCCUCCUGGCCAGAUGAUGCCUGGACAGAUGCCUGGGCAAAUGCCCCAGCAGGUUGCAGAAAAUCCUCCCAACCACAUCCUCUUCCUCACCAACCUACCAGAGGAGACGAACGAGCUCAUGCUGUCCAUGCUCUUCAACCAGUUCCCUGGGUUCAAAGAGGUGCGUCUGGUCCCGGGUCGCCACGACAUCGCCUUUGUGGAGUUUGAGAAUGAAGUGCAGGCCGGUGCUGCACGCGACGCCCUGCAAGGCUUUAAGAUCACACAAGCAAAUGCUAUGAAAAUCUCAUUUGCCAAGAAAUAACACAGUUCAGGACUUUUUCUUACGUGUACACACAAACAUACACCGAGGCUUUUUAUUAAAAUCUUUCUGUUGA